AAGCAGCGAGGGCAGUUCCCCAGUCUCCAGCUGGAGAAAUCCAGGGCAAGUAAGAGAUGCAGAAAAGAGAACUAAAGGUGUCUGUUCCCAAAUUUGGCAAGAUUCCUUGGCUUAGUGAGGCCAGCCUCGUGAACAAGCCGUUAGUGCUCAGCCUCCCCAAAAGAUAUCCUCAUGCCUCGGCCACUUUUCUGAUUUCAUCCAAGAAGGAUAUGAAUUUGCCUAUUUUGUUUCAAGUUCCAGAUGUCUUAUCUAAGGCCAGGAGGCUCCAGAGUAGCCCCGUGCUGAUCAGAAACAAGCAGCUGUGCUCCACAGAGAUAAAAAUGGUACAACCAAGAACUGUGAUAAUCCCUCAUAAUCUGAAACCAUCCUUUGAGAAUUUUAUGAGUCAUAGAAUGAUGAAUCUUCAUCCACCAAAAGCCCAGACUGUAGCCAAACAUUCCCAUAAUGACAUCUCAACAGAGAGUGUCCACUACAGACUGCCCAUUCUGGGCCCCAGGACAGCUGUCUUCCACGGACUGCUGGCGGACACCUACGCAACCAUGCAGGAGACACGACUCUCCUCCUUGCCCAGAAAAGAGCCAGUGGGCAAGACAAUGAGGCAAUGAAUGAGUGGUCGGAGCUCAUCACCUUCCGGACUCACAAAGAGAAAACAAGUUAACCAAGCCAGUUUCUGACAGAUUAGCCUAAUUUCCUCCUGUCACCAAAAAGGUGACUCACUUUUGCUUUCUUGAGAGUUGUUCGAAUUCUAGCUCCUGCCACUGUCUUCUCACUCACUUUUCCUAAAGACAAGUGGUUAAAUUUCCGUGACUGUAAAAGUUAACUGAUUAAAAUGGAACAUGUUGAGUGUCA